AUGUGGCGUAACAGACUCAUCCGCCCACUCCCCCCCUGCCCACCUCUACAACACACCAAACCUUACCUCUCCCUCUUCCUCACCCGCUCUCCACACAUCAACGCCAACCCUAACAGCCUACCCCCAAAUCACCCCCGCCAGCGCCACCCGGAAUCCGAGCUAGACCGCCACCUCCUCAACCCGUGGACGACGGAGAACUCGCGGUCCGGCACCGACGACGAGGCAGCGCACCACCCGUGGUCCUUCGACCCCCAGAUCACCGACCCGAGCCUCGAGGUGCAGGCCGCCGAGGCCGAGUGCGCGCUGGACACCGCCCUCGACGAACCCCUGUACGUCAGCCCCGGCAACAUCGAGGUCAGUCGCUUCCUGGACCCAAUGGCCGGCGGGGCCGCCCAUAACGCCGUCAAACCCGGCUGCAGUGGCAUGGGCUGGACCCGGAAGGGCCAUGUCUUCCGCGUCCGCGACGUGCCUGGCGAUCAUCGGUUCGAGAGGUAUGAGCGGGUGCUGCGCGAGAUUCGGGAGAAGGGUUCUCAGCGGAAGGCGCAGGGCGGUGCCACUGCUGGUCGUGGUGGGACUAUGGCUGAGUGGAUGGUUGAGGAGGUGAGCGUGAAGGGUGAUGAUCGUGGUGGUGGUGGUGGUGGUGGGAGGGCUGGGAAGUGAGGGAGGACACACUUUUUGGCAAGAUGGGAAAU